AUGUUGCUGCCGCAGUUUGAGCUCUAUUGGGUUGUCUCCGUUACUCCCAGCAUGUACGGCACUCCUCUCCAGGGCCCACUACCCCAUUUCGUCUUCUAUUUGUUCCACGCUUUGACAAUCACCUGUCUAGCGCUCACGGUAGCCAGCAUCACGGCCGACAUGUCACCCUGGGCUAUGCAGAACCCCGACAUCAAAAUAAAAGUCGGCGUGAUUCUAUACAUUAUUUCAUGGGCGGUAAUGUGCCUCUUCUUGGCUAUUCUUGCCUGGCACCUCGACUCUCUCGAGAAAGGCGAGCAUCGCAUCCUAGUGGCCGUAACCAUCUCGGCGCCGUUUUUUCUUGUCCGCAUCCACUAUUCGGUUUUCAUGUGGUUCUCACACAACCCCGACUUUAGUCUGUUCAAGGGAAACGUCACUGUGAAGCUAGUAAUGUGUGUAUUGGAGGAGGUUGUAGUCGUUGUUGUGUGUUUGGCUAUUGGGAUGACCUUGCGCGUCCUGGGUAAGACUUCUUCUCGUGAAGAGGAAGCCGAUUCCUCCGGUCACCUCUUGGCUUCGUAUGCACCCAAACCCUAG